GAGCGACGGGGUCGGGGCCGCCGUUGCCGGUGCGGUGGGUGGCGGACCCGCGGGCGCGCGUCGGCUGGAGAACGAGCGGACGGUCGUGGCGGUGGCAGCAUUGCCACCGGGCGGCGGCAAGAGCACCCUCUUCCGCCGGCUGCAGGAGGCCGGGUGGCAGGUCGCCUCCUCCGACGAGGAGCGGGCGCGCGGCGGCUCGUUCGACGAGACCCUCUCGCGGGUGCUGCGCAGUGCGCCCGCCGUCUGCUACGACAAGAACCUGCCGGACGCCAACGGCCUCUCCAAGCUCUGCCGCGUACUGCGCGCUGCCGAGACGCGGCACGGCGUGCGCGUGCGCGUGCUGCUCGUGGCGCCCCGCUCGCUGCGCCAUGACGUGAUGUGGGCUCGCGUGGGCGCCCGAGCGGCGACGGACCACGCGCUCACGCAGCACAUUGAGGGCGGCGCGGCGAAGGCGUACGAGAUCUUCAACGCGGUCUUCUUCGAGCCGUCGCGAAAGGCGCUCAGCAGCGUGCACCGCCUGCCCGGCGUCCUCGUCAGCGACGCCUUCUGGGCCGAAGGGGCGGAGGGGCCAAAGGAGCUCGCGGAGGAGCUCGUGCGGCGCGCCACCGCAGGCGACGCGCCGACGCUAGCUGAGUUCGCGGCCGCCGUCGCGGGAGGCGGCGGCGGCGGCGGCGGCGGCGGCGGCGCCUCCGCCGCCGCGCCGACGGCAAGCUACAUGAUGGCGGAGUUGCCGGGCACGCAGAUGCACGUGACUCUGGUGCCGCCGCGGGGGAGCGCGACGUCCGCCGCGGAGGCCGCCGCCCUCUUCGCAGCGAUGAGGGCGCUCCAGCCGCUCGCCGGCUCGCCGGUGCGCGUCGUGCUGCUGCGGUACGUGCUGGGCACGUGGCGGGGCGAGACGCGCAAGAUUGGCUUUUGGGAGGCCGGCAUCCGAGGGCUGCCCGAUUCGCUGCACUACACGCCGCAGGCGGCCUUGUACCACGUCACCGAUUCGGCCGCGCUCAUCGGAUGCGCGCCGCGGGACGUGUCCGACUUCCUCGCGCGCAUACGCGCCGGCUCGCUCGACCCCGAGUGGCAGGUGCAGAUUUUCGAGGCGUCAGCCCCGCCACCGGAGAUGGCGGCGGUGGUGAGGGAGGUUUGAGUACAGCGCAUUGCCCCUUGUCCGUCUGGCGCAUUGCCCCUUGUCCGUCUGGGUGCUCUCGGAUGUGCGCUCUACUUGGUUCCUUACUUGGUACCAUGGCGGUGCACUACCAGACCAGCCCCUUGGAGUGAAGGCUUCGCGUACAUCGUGCCCCGGUCUACUAUGAAGAUCCGCAGGACUGGAGCG